CUGGAGACGUGCGGCGCGCACUGGACCACGCUCUGACGCAAGAGUUGGCGCGGCAAUUUCCGCGAGUCGCAGGUGGGAUUCGCGUGAGCGUGAAGGCGAUAGGUGACUUUGGGCCCGCUCCCACCAGUCGUGAUGGGGUCUUCUCGACAGACCUGCUGGAUUUGACCAGACGGCGCGACAAAUUCAAGAACUCGUCCUCGGGCGGGGCCAGCGCAUACAGUGACACUGACACCUUCAUAACGAUGCUCGGCGACGAGGAGGACGAAGUUCGAGAAUUCGGCGGGCCUCUGGUUCCUCCUGAGGGCGGCGAUGAAGGCGCCAAAUUAAAGCGUCUGCGAACUGGUUGCAGCGCCGACAAUAUGCAGAGCAGUGUGAAAUCACCGGCAAUGACUCUGGGGUUGGUGUACGCGAUCGAGAUUCCGCCUAUUGCGUUUAUGCCUGAGACCCCAGUCGCGUCGCCGGAAGACGACGAUGGAGAUGAGAAGGCGAAGCCGGAUCCCACAAAAGUGGAGCCGCCCAUUCCGGGACGUGAGCUAUGCAACAAAUUGUCGAUGUCCACGGCUUUUUGGGGUCGGGUCGCACCAGCACUGCACCCUUCGAAGGAGGACGUUGCUCAGAAUUCCUUAUUGGCUGUUGCACCACCGCCCGACCAGCAGGCAGAGGGGAAGGCAGGAAAAGAUGGCAAGGCGGGAGACAAGCAGGACAUGUAUAACGCCGCUGCCGGUGACGUCGUUAUGGCGACUGUGCUGCUUGAUGAGUCUGUUUUCACACAGUGCGGAUUGCUGAAAACUAUUGAUCGUGACGUAAACUCGCGCCUUGGCGGUCAGCACACGAUUCCGGCAGCGCGCGUUUCGUGCGCAAUGCGUUUGAUGAAAGCGAGCAACAAGGAGUUCGACGAGAAGCAUCCGAUGGCUCCGCUCCGCAGCUACAUCGACGCCUACCGGCCGGAGAUCCCUGCGCGCAGCGGCGGCUCGAACGGGGGCUUUGUACUUCCCGACAACUUUGGCUUCACGCUUGUGCAGUACGGUAAAGCGGCGAUGGAACGGGCUGGAGACGACGAAGCGUUGGAGAACCGUGUUUUAGCGACGAGGAUAUCUACCGACGCCUUGGUGCAGCAGUUCGGAGACCUUUUGCGCAUUCCGCUAAGCGGCUUUGCCAUCUACGAGACAGAAGUAAAUGUGCUCAAGCAUGAGGUGCUACGGUGGCGUAAACUGUUUACGGACCUCGAGCAAGAGUACAAGCAUUUGCACAAGCAGUACGAGGAACUAGAGCACUUCUGCAUGCAGUUACGUGGAGAGCUAGCUAACGCUAAGGACGAAAUCGCGUCGUUGCAAGCACUAGUGGCGCAGCUGCAGGACGAUAACGCUCAGUUGAGGGCCGAUAUAGAGCGCAUUACGGAACAAGCUGGCGAUGCCUUGCGAAAGAUGGCAGAGCUAGAAGAGCAAAUCAAAGCUCUGACAAAAGAAAAAGCCGGAAUGAUGCUAGCUUUAGACGAAAUGCGCGAUCGCCUCGAGACAAUGGAGCGCAACGGGCCGAGUGAGGGUGUGCGGCAGAGCAUGCGGGACGCUGGAUUGCGUAGCGAAGAUAUCGGGCCCAUCGGUCCUGCUACGCGAAGCAGCCGCGAGAGUAGUCCUGAGCAAAGCAGUAAGGAGGAAGGAGAAGCAGCACGAGGGAAGAAAUCGAAGAAGCCCAAGAUCCGCACGGUUUUCUCGAGGCUUUACAACGAUGCGCGUGACAGGCUCACUCGAUUACAGGUUUUGCAGCGCCGUUUUAAACUCGCGAUGGAAGAGGAGCGCAUGCGCAUCAUCCAUUGCGUAGAGUUUUCCUCGAAUCUCAAUCUUUUUCCAGAUUACUUGCAAAUCGAUGAGGAUUUGGAGGAUGUGGAUGUGCUCACAAACUUUGUGCUGGAGAACUGUGGCGCGAGCGCCGUAAGUGACGGCCGCCGAGACGAAUGGUUCAAGAAAACGCAAGGACGGCCGUGGAGUAGCCCAGAACGCCACCGGCGCAAGCAGCCAAUCAGUGGCGCUCCGAAGGACGAGCAGAGAAACAGGCCUGCGUCAUCAGGGGGACUCCGGCUGGACAACCAAUGUCGGGCUUCGCCCACCGAGAAUCAGCAGGUAAAUGCGGUACGUCCGAGCUCCACAAAACGGAGGCUGGUGAUGUCCCCUGCCCGGGGUGCUGCAUCGAACCCGCUCGCCGGCAGCCCCCAUCGGUUGCCACGAGACAUUUCGCCAACGAGCCCUCGGAACGCGUUUGCUGUGCCACCCCCUGCACACGGCGCUGAGCGAUAUUUCAAUCAACCGAGCUUGCGCGGUCAGGUGAACACCGUGAACAUGGACGAUGUGGUAGGCGAAGGCUCCUUUCAGGAACAACAUUACACCGCAAUUGUGCAUGUCGGUGGAAGCCCAGUUGCGCCAAACAGUGAGAACCCCACCGCGCCGUUUCAUGCGCCCGCAGUCUCGAAUCCUCUUGAUCCGAGGUUAUCGAGUGGUCGCGUUUCGGGCUCGCUGCUCACACAGCAAGUCCGAUCCCUGAAGGGAGGCGGAGGUGGUUCUCCUCGUCGAGACCAGGCAAAUGCGCGCGUGCAUUCCGGAACCAGGAGAGCCCUUCAGCAGCCACCGAUCGCGGAGCUUGUAGGGCCUCCUGACGGCAGACGUAAGAUCGUGGCCGCUUCUCCAGGAGCUUCUCGACCCCAAAGUGGAGACCAACGUGGUGCUGCUAUGGAACAACCGGAGAACAGUGUUUCAGCCUCGCAAACCUUGAUGUUUUAUCCGGAUGAGCAGCACGUGCGCGACUUCUUGGCGCAGAAUCCCUCUGCAAAUCAGCUCCCGGGCUACAAUGUGGUGCAGGAUAAGCUCGCAGCCGCGGCGAAUAUGCUGAAAAUACGCCAACAGCACAUGCGCUUCACAGACCACUACAGCGAGCACGCGGGAUCAAGCGUCACUCGCAGCGGGUCGGCGUCGUCGAGCCGUCCCGCCUCAGCGGCACAUCAUGGUUAUCAUGCGGUGCGUGGUAGCUCACGCGGAACUUCACGGCGCUAUUCCUCGCGGCGCCAAAGCCACGCCUCGACGGCCGCAUCGGGCCCUGGAGUUCCGGUGUCACGCAUUCAAAAGCCUCUACCGGAUAACCUUGAUCAUCAGGAUGCUGUGAUAGUUGUGCCAGGAGUGAGCACGACAAAAACUGACGUGCAGAGCGGUAAUCGAAUUUUCUUCACGCCCAAAAAGGGCAAUCGGAUGGACGAGGAGGUUUCGUUCUCGCUAGGUCCCGAAUUCACCCCCACGGGAGCAGCACAAACUCAAGCAGAUGGCGGAGGUCUGGCAUCCUCGAGCAACAGGAGUGUCUCGGUUGGAGGUCUAGGUAAUUCUCUCCCAGCAAGGGGAGCUGCUGGUUCGGCUAGCGGUUUGCUGCGCUCGAUGCGUCGGAAAGGCGCAGGACAGGUGAACAACGAUCAAGGAAAUACGUUCUCAGCAUCGCAGUCUCAGGUGCACUACCAUGCUUCUUCCUCCACCUCAGCGGUCGCGUCGCAGAUUCUGAUGCCCUCCGGGUCUCAACAUGAAGUAUCCGCGUCGUCGCAUGAACACUUCCCCAGCAGCAGUUUUGGAGAUGCGACUAAUGCUAAUCAGCGUGUGCGCAUCGCAACAUACGGCCGUCAACGAGCAGGAACACAGGCUUUUUCUGUGCCAGCAUCGGCUGCAAGUAGCCGCCCGAGCACCGCAGUCACGACUAAAUCAGUCGAACAGAACCCGAGCAUGAGCAGCCGAUCAGCGUCGAGCAGGAUGCAGCGGCGCGAUGUGGCGUCGCAGAAACAAGCGGCUUCUGCUGCAGCGCUUCUCACAAACAACGCGCUGCACGAUUAUUACAUCGCGGAAGCCGAGCGUCCGCCGCCGCAACCCACGGCUGUUGCACCCGUGGUGUACAAUCAAUUGCAGUGGUGUCAGAAGAAUUCUGCAGGUGUACAAUCAAGUGCAGUGGCUUCGUGGAUGCCUCCGAACCAGCCCACCAAAGUCUACACUGUGCCUUCUGCAGUCAACCAGCGAAGGGGCAACGCAACAUUAACUGGGCACAGGAUUGGUCCAACUGUGGCGCAAACUGAUCUUCAUCCAGCUGCAGCUGCGGCCUCUACAAAUGAGCCACUCGGGGGACGCACCGAACACGAAGGAGGUGCAAGGGAAGGAGCAGACGCAGAAAUGUUUUUUCCCGUCGUGACAGAACCAAUAUUGGGUCUGGGGCCUCUGGAAGCUACCGGAACAAGUACAGGACUACUCCAGCAGCGAGCAACAAUAUCUACUUCUGCAUCGUCCAGAAGCAUGGACCACAGGGCUGCUCGUCGAGGAGGUGAAAACAAGAGGACGCAAGAUAACGUGCAGCCGACUACCGCUUCGAUGCCUCCAGCAGAAAUCACGGCUCAAACUAUAGGCGUCCUCGAUUCGAUUCGCAGGUUAGCCACAUACGCGGUGGAGGCAGAAGUAGGCGGGACAGCCGAUUCGGAGGCCGCGCCCACAAAUGCUAAUGAUAAAGGCGAUGGAGGUGACGCCAUUUGACCUUGAGCAGAACCAGAACGUUGCUUGUACAUAUUAAAGAAAAAUCGAUUUUCCAUCAUGCAGCUUGUUUCAACAUUAAUACAGAUUUAUAAAAUAUAUGGAUAUGCAAGUAAGCAAACAUCUAAAUAUCAAUCAGUAGUAGAUGACAUAUUAUUAUGCAUCAUAGGGACUUCUUCAGCUUCAAGAAAUACUAAUCCCUUUGAUGUAAUCUCAAAAUCAAAAAUCCCGAUACUAAGUUCCCAUUUCAAUAACACAACUCAAUCAUUGCAUUUUCACGAUUUUACAUUUCGUAAUGUCAUGGCUGUUAUAGGACCGACAUCGAAAACCUGUGUUGACAUUAACACAAGACCAAACAACAUACUACUACAAACAUCAGUUUCUACGCAUCGAGCCAUUAAUUAGUAAGUAGACAUUCAUGCGACUACACUAACACUAAGAAGCAAGAUAUCAUUGAAUGAUAAUCAUUCUCUUUGUCUUUCUCAUAUCUACUGACUCCAAUUCACUACAUCUGAGCAAGCACAGUUAGAGACGCUGGUAAGCAAAGUUAACUGCAGCUUUAUUUUUCCGUGGAUAUCAAUCAUGCACCAGUCACAGCGCAGAGGCCAAUAUUCAGGAGGUGAACAUCGGCCUGGUGCGAGAAGACGCGAAGUCGCAUAUUAUACGGUGGCAUCCUCGUGAAUAUCGUAGCGUCGAUUGCCUUUGUUUUGUCAUGGAAAUGUCCAAGUCGUUGCAGAUUGUGAGUAGGGCAGAAAGGUAUACGGC